AUGCAUGGCCCCAUAACUGGUGCAACUGCACGUCGUCGUCUUCUAGAGACACCCCUCCCUGAGAUUCCUAAACCAGAAUUUUUGAAAGUUUCGGUCUUGCCAAAGCCUGAGAUCCCAACUAUGCCGAAGUCUGAAAUUCCAGCCAUACCAAAGCCUGAAAUACCAGCUAUCCUAAAGCUUGAGAUCCCAACUGUGCCGAAGCCUGAGCUUCCAACCAUCCCAAAGCCUGAAAUACCAGCCGUCACAAAGCCUGAGAUUCCUAUUAUGCCAAAACCUCAUGUACCAGCUGUGCCAAAGCCCGAGCUACCAUCCAUCCCAAAGCCUGAGUUACCAACUAUGCCAAAGCCUGAAGUACCAAUUGUGCCAAAGGUCAAGCUACCAGCUAUUCCAAAGCCUGAGUUACCAAUUUUACCAAAGCCAGAAGUACCAACUGUGCCAAAGCCCGAGCUACCCACCAUCCAAAAACCUGAGUUACCAACUUUGCCAAAGCAUGAGAUCCCAGCUAUGCCAAAACCCGAGCUUCCUGCUAUGCCAAAGCCUGAGAUUCCAGCAAUGCCAAAACCUGAGUUUCCUCCCUUGAAAAAGCCAGAAAUCCCAGCAGUGCCAAAGACUGAGGUUCCUCCAGCUAUAAAAAAGCCUGAAGUUCCAUCUUUCCCAAAGCCUGAGAUGCCAGCUAUGCCAAAGCCAGAAAUACCAGAGCUACCAAAGCCAAAACUCCCAGAGCUUCCAAAGCCUAAAAUCCCCGAACUGCCUAAACCAGAAGUUCCAGCUAUGCCAAAGUCUAAGAUCCCCGAACUGCCUAAACUAACUUUUCCUUCACUUUCUCCACCAUACAAAACCUCUACUCCUUGA